CUCCUUACCGGGUAUAGUAUUUAGCCAUUACCUUACUUCCGGGGUACGGCGGCUGAUUGGGGCCAUCUCCUGGAAGCUGCGCUCCUGUAGGGCGGUAUCCAUAACAUCUGACCUGUCCUCAGGAUAGGUCAUCAAUAUCAGAUCGGCGGAGGACACUUUGCGGAAAAAUGAUGAGCGUUGCAGGAUUCUCCCCUCCCGCAGCAGAGAUGGCGGAAAUCAAUCGUAUGCAGUAUGACAUUGAGUACACAGAGGGCAUCAGCCAGAGAAUGAGGGUCCCAGAGAUGCUAAAAGUCGCUUCGAGCAACACAGAAACAGGUUCUAAACAUCCGGUCAACAUCCCCGCGCCUGGUGUCAUCAUGCAAGUUCCUGAGAGAAUUGUUGUGGCAGGUCAUAAUGAGGAAGCAUCCUUUUCCAGGCCUGCUGAUCUGGAUCUUAUUCAGACGACCCCUUUUGAACAUUUGGCACUGAAGACUCCACCUCGGGUACUGACCCUCAGUGAGAGGCCACUGGAUUUCCUGGACUUGGAAAGACCUACACCAGUCACUCCCCAAAAUGAUGAGGUGCGACAUAUGGGACGGCAGAAGAGAGAGCGCUCAGUCAGUGAGAACACUAUAAGACACAAUGGACAACUUGUUAGAAAUGACUCCAUCCCGACUCCACCUGCCCCCACAGGCCGCCCGAACCUUGCUCCCUCGCUCCCCGCAGAUGGAGCAGACCUUUUCUCUGCCCGUGGCAUUCUGUCGCUCAUCCAGACCUCCACCCGCAGGGCUUAUCAGCAGGUCCUCGAUGUGCUGGAUGAAAACCGCAGGCCAGUCUUGCGUGGUGGGUCUUCAGCCUCUGCUCCUUCUCAUCAUGAUAAUCCAAGGUAUGCAGUUUCUACAUUGGAUGCCUCCAUGGAUGGAACACCAGAUGACCUGUCAUUAGUGGAUGCAGCUUCACUCAGAAGACAGAUAAUCAAACUGAACAGACGCCUUCUCCUCCUGGAAGAGGAGAACAAGGAGAGGGUCAAGAGAGAAAUGGUAAUGUACUCCAUCACUGUGGCCUUCUGGCUCCUCAACAGCUGGUUCUGGUUCAGGCGUUAAGAUCUUGCCAGAGGAGGGACUACACAGACAUCAUACAAGGAGACCCACCAAACCUUACGACAACACAGACAGUAGUGGGAGAGACCUAAAUCCACAGCAAGGUCAUCAGCCUUCUACGGGAAAAAUGCUUGUCAUCGCUUCCCUCCAGCUGAGCCGCAAAGAGUGCGUUCAGCUCUGGCUGUGACUGGGUUAAUGUAAAAAAAAAAGUGUAUUUUCAUUGUCUAUGUUAUGCUGGAGUGAAGUCUGUGUUGUCUCUGAAGCCUUCUUUCUACGUACAGCAUGCAAUAAUCAUUCCUGAUUUGAGACUCAUCAACCUCUGUAGGUUUCUGUUAUAAACUGUGGGACAGGGUUGAGAUGAAAGCAUCACUAUAGCAUGAGGGGGUUGUGAA